AUGUUCACACAAAGUAUCCGAGCAUCCCGCUCUUCCAUUGCCCGCGUCGUGCGGCAACAAGCUACCGGCAGCAUCGCAAAACGAACUUUCAUCACCCCUACAGCUGUCCGUCAAGCCGACUUCGUCCAAGACCUUUACCUCAAGGAAUUGAAAGCCUAUAAAGUCCCAGCUGUCAAGGCAAACGACUCAGAAGGUCACGUCCAGACUUUCACCGCACCAAAGACCCCAAAAUCACCCGAAGAGGCCGACAUCGCGAACCAGUUGAAGGCAUACGAGGCAUCUACCGUUGAUAUUGAGGGACAGGCUGAGGGAGGAGCUGCUUCCAAUGCCGAGUUUGAAUGGUUUGAGGAGGAGCCAGAGGAGGAGGCGCACCAUUAG